AUGUCGUCUCCUCAAAACAGUACUCCCGACCAAGCACUGGAUAUGCUUAGCCAGGUGAAGGAUGACAAGACAGCUCUCGUCACUUUGUACAGAACUCUUGCGAAUAGCGAUGAGAAGACCUUUACAGAAGGUAUAGCGGAUAGGCCAAACUUCUGGAACAACAUUUUUUCUUUAGCGCGAGAUUUGAUGGACGAUGAGGAAGUAGUUGUGGCAGUGCAUUUCUUCCUUGACAGAGGUUCAAAGGCGUUAGCGGAUAGAAAUGAUAUGGUCCCUCACAUCAAGAACUUCUGCACUGCUGCCCACAAAAAUACUAUUUUGGAUACAGUGGUCAGCCAGCUUUUAUGGCUGCAGUGCGACGUUGAGCUUGAAGGCAGUGUCGUUAAGGCUGUCAGCCGUUAUUUACACUGCUUAGAGAUAUUGAACAAUGAAGACACAAGAACAGCUGCUGGUAUGUUAUUCGACGCCUUUCUUACCCUCAAGUCAGGAGGAUUUCUCACAACUUUAACAACGGUACUAGAAAACGCGCCACAGUACGAGGAAGAUGUCGAAGCCAUCGCCCAAAGCUGUGUGAAGGUGCUUGCUAGACUACACUGGUCGCUACACUCUCAAAACGUCGAUACACUUUCCGCCCAAUGGCUAAACAGUAUGAUGGAUUUGCUGGAUAAGCACUUCAAGGUAAAAGAGUUGGCAAAGGCUAACGAAGGUUCAAGAGCAGACGGUGGUAAGCAAAUGUCUGAUCUUUCCUUAGUGAAUGCGAUUGACCUUAUUACUUUCUGUAAGGACAGUAACCUUUCGUUCCGUAAAAAAUAUUCAGAACGCCUGCUUUUCGAGGAUGAUGCAUUCCCCAUAGUGAAAGGCCUUCCUUGGCUGUCUGAUCAAUUAGCGCAGUGUUUCCAUCAAUUCUUUGCUGAGGACAAGUCCAGUGUUUUCAUUAUGCAAUGCUUUUUGAACAAAGACAUCUUGAUCUAUAGCCUUGUGGACAAGCUCAUGGAACUUUGGAUUGAGUCGAACGCUCAAGACUUUGCUGAUUUUGGGUCUGUGCUAGAAACAUUUGAAAUCGCGUUCUUCCAACACGAUAACUUUCUUGGCGCAACGGAGCCUGACGUUGGUACCUGUCUAGUAAACAUACGCUCCUUGACGUACGCAGAUUUGAGAAGCACGCAGUUGAAGCAAUUGAGAAAUAUACAUUACAAGAAGUGGGAAACCCAGGUCUCACAUUUCGACUCUAUGCUGUCAAACCAGGUACUAGAAUUUGUACGCCAUCAACGUCUCUUGCAGCUACAGAAGGGCGCUUGGGUUUACAGCGACAAUCCUUUAGAUCGUAGCGUGAAACAGCCACGGGUUUAUUUCAUCAUUUUGUCAGAUAACCAAAUGAAUCUCUUAGCCAAGGAGUACAGACUGAGGACUGAAAGCAACCCAACUGUGAACGGUAAUGAAAUCGUGAGUGCGCCAGAUUCUUCGGCAUCGAAGUCAAAGACCUUAAUUAUUCCUUUGAGACGCGUUCACAGGUUCCAACACUGGAGAAUUCAAUCUGAAAGUAAAGUUCCAGAAAACUCGAAACUUAUCAACAUUUUGAACAAAGCUGUUUACACCGAAAUCCAUCUGAUGGACAAAGAGGCGAACGUCCUAUUAAAGUUCUUUGUAGACACUAAGGAAGCGUCUUACAUUUGGCUAGAUGGAUUACAAUUACUAGUUGCGGCUGCUCAAGGCAAAACGCCGACUCUUUCGGACGAACUCAAGUCACAAGUGGCAAGCCUAAUCGAUUUGAGGAAAAACGUCCAGAUCAUUGGACUUGAUGACAAAACAGACUUGACUGACAACAUUGAAGGCUCGUCAGCUGAAGAUCAGUAUUACGAUCUAGAUAUUUUACAAAGUGUAACUGCGAAUUUUCACUACGAUUGA